AACAAUAUAUUGGGAAAAUCUAUUUCUCCACUUCAUUGCAAUGGCUGAAAGAUGCACCAAAAUUUUCUUUCAUCCAACGCCGCGAAAUCAGAAGCCAAAAGAUGCACCAGAAUUUCCUUCGUCCUUCAAAGAUUGUGGGAACUGUCAUUCGUACUCGUUCAUUUCUUCCCCAAAAGAACUCUGUACCGCCAGUCUUCCACUACUCUUCACAGCAACAGCUAGAGCACCCAACUCAACAGGAACCCUCUUCUUCUAAACCCUCCAUCGGAUCCCCUGCUCGACUCCAAAAGCUCAUAGCCUCCCAAUCUGAUCCUCUUCUCGCCAAAGAAAUCUUCGACCUCGCCGCCGGACAACCCAAUUUCCGCCAUUCUUACUCAUGCUACCACACCCUCAUCCUCAAACUGGGUCGCUCUCGCUACUUCUCCCUCAUGAGAGACCUCCUGUCCCGCCUCAAAUCCGAACACUACGCCGUUUCCCCUGCCCUCUUCUCCGAUGUCAUUCAGCUUUACGGAGAUGCCCAUUUGCCCCAUGAAGCCCUUAAGGCCUUCUACACCAUGCUCCAGUUUGGUUGCACUCCCCUGCCCAAACACCUGAACCGCGUCCUCGAGGUUCUGGUUGCUCGCCGGAACUUUCUCCGGCCUGCUUUCGAUGUUUUCCGGGCUGCCCACCGGUAUGGAAUCUCGCCCAACACGAAAUCCUACAACAUUAUGAUGCGGGCGUUUUGUGUUAAUGGCGACCUCAGCAUUGCUUACUCCCUGUUCAAUCAAAUGUUCAAGAGAGAUGUUGUUCCGGAUGUUGACUCCUAUCGGAUUCUAAUGCAGGGGUUGUGCAGAAAGAGUCAAGUGAAUGGGGCUGUUGACUUAUUGGAGGAUAUGUUGAACAAAGGGUUUGUGCCGGACACUCUGAGUUACACCACAUUGUUGAAUAGUUUGUGCAGGAAGAAGAAGCUUAAAGAAGCAUACAAGCUUCUUUGUAGAAUGAAGGUUAAGGGAUGCAAUCCUGAUAUCGUACAUUACAAUACAGUCAUCAUAGGGUUUUGCAGGGAAGGGCGUGCACUUGAUGCUUGUAAAAUUCUCAAGGAUAUGCCAUCAAAUGGGUGCUUGCCGAAUUUGGUGUCUUAUAGGACAUUGGUUAGUGGGUUAUGUGAUCAGGAGAUGUUUGAGGAGGCAAAGAAUUACAUGGAGGAAAUGGCAUUGAAAGGGUUUUCUCCACAUUUUUCAGUCAUUCAUGCCUUGGUAAAUGGCCUCUGCAAUGUUGGUAAGAUUGAGGAAGCUGGUGGAGUGCUCAGUGAAAUGCUAAGGCUUGGGGAAGCUCCCCAUAUGGAAACUUGGGUGGCUGUUGUAUCUAGAAUUUGUGAGGAGUAUGAGAUGGCGAGACUGGGGGACAUUAUAGAAGAGGCUUUGAAGGUUGAGAUGAAGAGCGACACAAGAAUAGUGGAGGCAGAAAUUGGUUUAGGAGAGUACUUGGUCCGGAAGAUACAGGCUAGAUCGAAAGGGGCUUGAGUACACUUAUUUGUUGACACCUAUUUUUUCACUCCUUGCUCCCUACAGACUAAAUCAUCCAUGGGGUUCUUGUCUCUCAGCAGUCCAGUAGCAUGUGUGAGGUUGUACUUGCUAUGCGGUCGUAACUUAGCCCUCUCCUCCCCACAGAUGUUUUAGGAAUGCAUGCAACAAGCAAGCUUGUGGAGAUAUGUCUCAAGAUGGAGAUGAUUGCGAUUAGAUUGGACGUUCUUGUUUAAUUUAGUUACAUUGGGGUUGUCGUUAGAUUGAUUUGUGAUGAUAUGAUUUUUUUAAUAAAUUUUAAGGACUUGUAUUUAAAAUAUUUUAAGUUUAUUAUUUGUAUGGUUUUCUUUAAUGAUUGGUUAACAACUUUUAUUGAA